AUGCGCGAAGUUCUCACUACCAGGGUCACGGCGCCAUUUCGGCUGCCCGACACAAUUGAGCCACGACACUACGCCAUUGAAAUCGAGCCAGAUCUCGAGGCCAGCACAUUUCAAGGACGGGUCUCGAUUCAGUUGCAUGUCGCGAAACCGACGCAGUACAUUGUUCUACACGCCGUCGGGCUCAACAUCAACAAAGCCAGAGUUGAACCCGAAGGCGGCAUCAUUUCGCAUCCUGCAGUGCACUACAAUCCCGACCAGGAGACGGCGUAUUUCAAGCUGGACAGGAAACUACACGCCGGCUCGCAGGCCAUUCUUUUCCUGCAAUAUGAUGGCAAAAUGGCACAAGUCGGGAACAUGGGCGGCUUGACUCCUACCCCAUACCAGUUCCCUGAUGGUACAGCAAAGAUGGGGUUCGAGACCAUGUUUGAGCCCACCAUGGCGAGAACCGUGUUCCCAUGCUUUGAUGAGCCGGCCUUGAAGGCGCAAUUCAGUGUCUCGCUGGUUGUGCCCUCGAGCCUGACCUGCCUGAGCAACAUGGAUAUUGUAUCAGAGAAAUUCGUCACAUCUGCAGCCGUCAAUGUCAAGAAACGUGUCUCGUUUGACAUUAGUCCGAAAAUGUCCACCUACCUCGUAGUCAUGGUAGCGGGCUACUUCAAAAUGAUCGAGACCAACAAGUUCCGCGUGCCCGUUCGCAUCUGGGCGGCCCUCGACAAGAACAUUGGCAAUGCUCAGUAUGCACUUGAUGUCGCAGUUGCCACCAUGGAAGCACAUGAGAGGAAUUUUGGCCUCAAGUAUCCACUGCCGAAGCUUGAUCUUGUUGCCAUUCCAGGACACCAAGGCGGUAUGGAACACUGGGGUUGCGUGACAUAUCAAGAGCAUGGUCUUCUCCUUCCCGAAAACCCAUCCGAAUACGACAAAAUCCUGGUCGUAUCACUCAUGACUCACGAGCUCGCGCAUCAGUGGUUUGGUAAUAUCGUUACCAUGAAGUUCUGGGACUCGUUAUGGCUCAACGAGGCCUUUGCCGAGUGGGCGGCCCUUCACACCGUGUCCGAGUUGCUGCCCAACUACAAUGCAUGGGCAGCCUUUGUGGCCAUGUCUCCGGAUGUUCCACGCGCGGGUGGCUUCCAGACGGCCAUGGAGCUCGAUGCCAACAUUGGAAGUCACCCCAUCCAGGAUCCCAAUAUAUCAGCGGGCUCUGCCUUUGACUCCAUCACCUACCUCAAAGGCUGCAGUGUCAUUCGCAUGAUGGCGGAGACUUUGGGUGUCGAUGUCUUUUUGCAAGGCAUCAGGCUAUAUCUAGGAAGAUACGAGUACAGCAAUGCCACGACUAAACAGCUCUGGGAUGCUCUGAGCGAGGUCAGCGGCCGCAAUGUGGCAGAUAUCAUGACGUCCUGGACCCAGAACGUCGGCUUUCCGCUCUUGACAGUCAAUGAACUCCGCCCAACAGGAGAGAUUGUGGUAACCCAACAUCGGUUCCUACAAAACGGGGAUAUUGAGGCAGACACUGCUCCUUACCCGGUCUUGAUACGGAUGCGAGAGCCCGAUUCCGUAACCACCCAUUUGAUGGCUGGUGAAAGCACAAAGAUUGCCGUAAACCCGUUCAAGUACAAGCUGAAUGCAAACACGGGAGGGUUUUAUCGCGUGGCAUACCCUUUGUCGCGGAUCCACAAAUUCCAAGUACAAUUUGCCGGCGAUUAUCUUUCCAUUGAGGACAAGAUAGGCAUCGUUGCGGACCUAGGAGCCAUUGUUGCGACUGGAUCAGCAAUGAGGAAUCUGAACCUGGCCGACUUCUUGAACUUUCUUUUCCGCAUCAAGGACCACGUCGACAAUCUGUAUGUGUGGAGUGAAGUGCUGGGACAACUACAAAAAGUCCAAGCCGCGUUCAUGUUUGAAGGCAAUGAAGUUCUCGGGGUACUGAAAACAGCGCGGCAUCGAUUGGUAGCCCACCUUAUUGACAGAGGGCUGCUCACAUUCAAGUCCACUGAUUCAACAGAGGAGACACUCCUGAAAGCUUUGCUGUUCAGUCAGCUCAAGGACCACGCCGAGGUUCAAAAACGAGCAAAGAAGGCUUGGGAAAACUUGCUGUCUGGGGACAAGAAUGCGCUCAACCCAAACGUGAGGGGUAGAAUCUUUGAAACUGUGGUCUAUAUGGAUGACACGGAUGAAACGUGGAACCAGCUCAAGUCGAUUGCUCUGAAAGGAUCAUAUAUUCACUCGGGCGAUCCAAGUGCGCCCCUGGAAGCUUUUCAGUCCCUGGGUGUAUCGCCCCAACCAGAACUCAUUGAGCGUGCUCUUGAUCUGAUUACUCCAUCAAAGUCAUCCGUAGAAUCCGUUACACUGGCAAAAAGGACCACACCAUUCGUCCUAAACUGGUCGGCGCGCUUAAAGGUUUUGAGAGCCUUGCAGACUCACCCCAAUGGUGCAAUUGCCGGAUGGAACUGGUUGCGCAAGAACUGGGACUCAUUACGCCGGGCUCGUCAAGGGCAAAUUGGUGGCUAUGAUUUCAUCGAGUAUGCACUUGGGGGGCUUGCGACCUCAGCCCAAUUGUCCGAGGUUGAAUGUUUCUUCGCAGACAAGAAGGACUCGUCGUUUGAAAUGCUUCUCACUCAAGCAAUCGACAAGAUACGCGCCAGGGCCAGAUUUGUCGAAGCAGAUCGGGAGGCGUUGUUACAAUGGGCAAGGCAGGGCGGAUUUGACGUCAACGAUUAG